AUGCCGGCAACUCUCCGCGAGCAGCGGCAGCGCUGCCGCUGCUCGCGGAGAGGUCCGCGAAGCCUGGGCGCGCUGAUCUCAGCGCGCGCAGGCUUCGGCAUGCCGGCAACUCUCCGCGAGCAGCGGCAGCGCUGCCGCUGCUCGCGGAGAGGUCCGCGAAGCCUGGGCGCGCUGAUCUCAGCGCGCGCAGGCUUCGGCAUGCCGGCAACUCUCCGCGAGCAGCGGCAGCGCUGCCGCUGCUCGCGGAGAGGUCCGCGAAGCCUGGGCGCGCUGAUCUCAGCGCGCGCAGGCUUCGGCAUGCCGGCAACUCUCCGCGAGCAGCGGCAGCGCUGCCGCUGCUCGCGGAGAGGUCCGCGAAGCCUGGGCGCGCUGAUCUCAGCGCGCGCAGGCUUCGGCAUGCCGGCAACUCUCCGCAAGCAGCGGCAGUGCUGCCGCUGCUUGCGGAGAG